AACGCAUUGGAUGCUGAGCUCAGAAAGAUUGUCGUUCUCACUGAGGACAGGCUACCGCUCUCUGCGAGAGGCUUCUCCUUGCCCGCUCUCAAGUACCCGCUGAGAGAAACAAGAGAAAGAGCGUUCACACAGCAUCACGGAGUAUCAAGGGUGGGAGCCUUUGCUCACCAUGGUGGACCAGCUGGCUUAUUCGGAAGAGAACGCCGAGCGCAUUGCCGCAGUGGACAACCUCUUCAGCACCACGGGGCAGGUGCUGGCCAGGCCGGGCCGAGUGCUGGUGGGGGAGGGCCGGCUGCUGAAACUGUGCAGGCGCCGGCCGCAGGCCAAGAUGUUCUUCUUGUUCAACGACAUCUUGGUGUACGGCAGCAUCGUGGUUGAGGGUCGCUGGUGUGAGCGGCAGAAGGUGGUGCCCCUGGAGAACGUGGUGCUGGAAGACCUGGACGACGGGCCGGAGCUGAAGAACCGCUGGCUGAUACGCACGCCGUGCAAGUCCUUCUGCGUGUCGGCGGCGUCGACUGAGGAGAAGGUCGCUUGGAUUGAGCACAUCGAGGAUUGCCGACAGCGGAGGAUGGUGUGCACCGGCGAGGUCCCGACAGCCCCGCUCGCCGCAGCAUGGGUUCCAGACCAGGCGUCGGCCAUCUGCAUGCGCUGCUCCAGCAAGUUCACUAUGAGGCACCGGCGCCACCACUGCCGACAAUGCGGCUUCGUGGUCUGCUCCUCCUGCUCUCGCAGCCGCUACGUGCUGCAGCACAUCUCCCAGAAGCCCGUGCGUGUCUGCUACCUGUGCCACCAGAUGUUGCAGAUGCAGGACAACGCACAGAGCCGCGACCGCGGCGGCAGCGACGGCAAGGACUGGUCGGACGACGAUGACCUUGAUCGGCCCCUGCACGAGGGCCCGGGCGGUACCAUAUGUUGGAAUGCGCAAGGAACUCCAUCCAGUAUAUUCCUCGGGGUUCCCCUGUCACCACCAAAGACCAAAAGCCGCUGAAAGACGGUACUAAAUGGAAGACUAGCGCAAACGUGGACAUAAUGUAUUACCUCAAGAUAAUGGGAAUAAGAUAAGUUGUACUUCUUCAGCCAUUUAUCCGAGCUACAUAGGGAUACUUCAGUUUUCAGAGAUCUCACCUUUAUCUCCAUCAAAGAGCUCAAGGUUGACCACCAUCCAACACCACCAGAGGAUUUGGGUUUGAGGACUUUUGUCAAGGACCUGACAAUGACAUGAUUACUCUGCUGGCCAGAGGAUUCAAACCCACAACCUUCUGGACUAGAUCCUUAAAGCCUUCCCCUCAUGAAAAUAUGAAUAAAAAUGUUAAAACACUACCAUCCAAAACUGCCUUAAUCACUUCACAUAUUUUAAUUGCUGCUCCUAUGAAAAUUUACUUUGAAAUUAUAAUAUGGUUUUUUAUGUUUUUUAAAAAAGAAAAAAAAUGACAAUUUUGUUUGUGAUUAAUAAUUUCUGUAAUCUCUUGUGAUCUGUAUUGUUUAAUUUUUGGUGUUGAAUCACUGUUGCUGUCAGUAUAUAGUCAAAAGACCAAAUAGCCAAAAAGCGAAACACUAGAAUGAAUUUGCUGGUCUGACUCAUGCUUUUCUUUAGGGACAGACAUUAUCGAAUCGAAUAAACUGUCAGUGAAGGAGUUAAUGAUGCAGAAUUCCACAUAGUUACCAUUUCCUUACCAUGUUUUCAUGUCUUGGUCUGUAUGUCAUUCUGAUCCAUUUUUAAAAUGUUUACAUAUUUUUUUAUUUUGUUUUGCAUAUUUAUCACUCUCAGAUUUUGUUAAAGAAGGAAUUUGCACUCUGUCAUUAAAGAUUGUAAAUGAAAA